AAAAGCUGGAAAUCUCGCGAUGGAGGGAGUAGAAGGUUCACCCCUAGAAAUGCUUACAGAGGAAAGUCAGCCAAGGCAUGUUUUACCCACAGGUUUUGAAGCCAACAGUUUGAAGAAAAGCAACUGGGGAUUCUUAGUUACUGGGAUUGUUGGUGGGACUCUGGUGGCUGUGUAUGCAGUAGCUACGCCGUUUGUAACACCAGCCCUCCGAAAAGUUUGUUUGCCUUUUGUACCUGCAACUACAAAGCAGAUUGAGAAUGUCGUGAAGAUGUUGCGAUGUAGAAGAGGAUCCCUGGUAGACAUUGGCAGCGGCGAUGGACGUAUUGUAAUAGCAGCUGCAAAGGAAGGAUUCACAGCUGUUGGUUAUGAAUUAAAUCCAUGGCUAGUUUGGUACUCCAGAUACCGUGCUUGGCGAGAAGGUGUGCAUGGCUCUGCCAAGUUUUAUAUUUCGGAUUUGUGGAAGGUUACUUUUUCGCAGUACUCGAACGUCGUUAUUUUUGGUGUGCCCCAGAUGAUGCUGCAGUUGCAGAAGAAACUUGAACUUGAACUUGAGAAUGAUGCGCGAGUCAUUGCUUGCCGGUUCCCUUUCCCGCACUGGACGCCAGACCACGUCACUGGGGAGGGAAUAGACACUGUGUGGGCAUAUGAUGCGAGGACUUUUAGAGGAGGUGCAAAGAGGCCCUGAACAUCAACACACUUCCAGUUGGUCAUUCAAAUGUAAACUUUACCAGGGGUGCUUUUCUGAAACACUGGGAUCUUCUUUGGUUUUGUGGAGACUCACAGCAGCUGUGUCUCUAGCAACAGAGCAUAUUUUUCUUUGGUAUAGAAUGAGAAAUUACUGUUACUUCCCUUAACUUUAGGAGAAAACAAACAAGUUAAGAAAAACAGAUAGAUUUAAAAUUCACUUUUAAUGGUUUAUUCCAAAAAUCAUGCUCACUGCCUUUUCAUGCAUUUGGUUGCAUGAAAAUAUGAAGGCAUGAUGGUCACGUUCAUGGAUAGGAAAGAUGUCUAUAGCUCUUCACAUUAUAAACAGUAUGGUUUAAUGCCACAGAUGAGGAGGAGUGAUUUUUAAAGAGAGUAAUGUAUUCAUAUUAACAAAUGCUUGCCGUUUCCUAUAGCUUUAUUCAUAUGUAAGUUUUCUCUCUUUCUUUUUUGUACUUCAUGGCAAAAUUAAUUUUUUGAAGGAUUCAGAGAGGCAUUUAUAUUUUAUAACAUCUGUUAGGAAUAAUUUGUUCCAAGGCUAGAUUACUGUAUUUUAUUGAAUCUAAGAUGUAUGUAUAUACAUGUGUAUACAUGUGUGUAAAUGUGUGUGUAUACAUGUAUAUACAUUUUAACAUUUUCUGAAAUUGUGACGUAUCUUCCAGUGGAAGGUGUUCGAUAGCUUUAAUUGGCAGUGUUGUACAUCAUGUAGGUGUGUAUCAACUACAAUUGAUGGCAUCUUAGAUUUAAUGAAAUAUGAUAUUCAGAGACGAUACAUAAUAGUGGAGGAGUUGGUAAUGAUUAAUAGCAAAAUAAGUGAUCGUGAGCUUUGGCGUAGGCUCACCUGGGUUCCAGUCCCUGUUUGUCAUCAGCAGGAAGCCGUGGACCUGUGACUUACCGUCUGUGAGCCUGGGCCUCCUGAGUACCCCUGCUGUUGUGGUAGUGAUAACUGAGCAGGGGACUGGAGACCAGGUUGUUAAACCCAUGGCACGUGGUCUUUGGUCUGCAAAUGGUACUUGUUAUCUCAGGCACUAAGGAAGAGAUUAUUCAUGGAAGUUGCAGAUUAUUUCUGCUAGUCACUAUUUUUAUGAGAGCAGCCAUUUAUUUAAUAUUUCUCGUUUAUGAGAAGAGACUGGACUGAUUUAAAUAAACAACAAAUGAAGAAAAGCCUUUGAAUGUGAGAAGACAUGUUUCAUAGAUCUGAAAAAAGAAUAUUGAAUGGCGGCUUGAAUAAUCCCUGCUUAUCACGGAGAGAAAUGGAACUCCCAGUCACACACCUGUAACCUCAAUACCCAACUCUCUCAAUGGGGAGUUAAUAAAGUAAGGUGGUCACAUCUUUAAACUUAUAAAAAUACAAUCAAUUUGAUAAUUUUCAUUUAAAUGAGAACAUCUGGGGACAUGUUCAUUCAUUCAUUCAGCAAACAUGUCUUGAGUAUCUGCUGUGUGAUUCCACGGUGCACAGACUUGCAAGGCCCCUGGCCUCCUGGAACUCAUAUUCUGGAAGAGGGAGACAAACAAGUCAGCCAGUCUUAGUGUGUGUGACGUUCUCUGAGAGAAAUGGACAGCGUGAUGGCACAGAGGGCAGCUGUGUGUGUUUGGGAGCAGGAGUGGGAUGUUGCAGACAUCUGUAGGCUUUGGUGGCUGCCAUGUUUCUGUCCCACCAGCCCCUGAUCUCCUUAUGAAGCACGAGUUCUCUCCCGUGGUGUGUAGUUUUGGUGGGAGGGCAGUUCUUGGUGUGUGCUUCUCACUGUCACCUUCCACUGUAGCCAGUUCUGCCUGUGACCUGUCUGGGCACACUUGGUGAGCGACCUGAGGGAGGUGCUUGCCAUGCAGAAGUGGUGGUAGGGGAGGGUUUUGUGGAACUUUGGAGGGAUUCAGCAACUUUCUAGAUGUGUUCCUGGUGGAUUUGUAGAGGCAUCAAGCUAUGUGCAGAGUUAUUAGUAACUUACCAUUUUUGGAGUAUCUCCUUUAGUUUCUCAAGAAUUCAGUGAUGCUUGGUCCUGCAACCUCAGAGUAAGGUGGACCGUUUCAUAGAAGUGUUGUGAUUCAUUGAAUCUGCAAGAUCUUUAAUUGCUUUUUAAAAUUGUGGCUUGUUAAUUAAACUGUACAUUAAGGAUUUUCCUAUAGAAGUUAUUGUGGCCUCUCUGGCUCAUGUGAAUUUUUAUCAGUUAUUAGGUUAAGGACAUUGAUCAAAUUUGCACGUGACACAAGUCUGGGAAUGAGAGCUAUUAUUGUUAGCUGUCAAACAGAAGAUUUAUAAAUGUCUGUGCAGAUUGAAAUCAGGGGCCAGUGCUAACUUAAUAAAAUUUAAAAUUAAAAAGAACUAUAGAAAGAUAGCUUAGAGUGAUACAGCCUAACAGGACCCGGGGUGAGUAGAAAUGGGGGUUUCUAUCAACAGUCAGGCCAGUGGCUUGAGCAAGCUGCCUCUGAAUGCUUCUUCCAAACGCAGGGUCCCAGGAACACAACCCCAUCUUGCCCAGGUGGCCCUGUCAGACCCUCAGUUGCUUCUGGUGUUCACACUCCCGCAAAUACUUAGCUCCAGCAAGUGUACGUGAAACCAAGUUUAAAAGAUUUCAGAAGAGACUCUUCCAGAGGCCAUGGCUGGGAAACAGUGUACACUAUGACAAGCGAUAGCCACACAGAAGAGAAGAAAUGCACAAUUCUUGACAUUUAAGCCCUGCAGCUGGGUGCCAUCCCUCUGCCAAAGUACUUUCCCUGAUGGCCAAAGGUGUGGAAGCCCUGACGAUGAAGAAAUAAAUGCUCUAAAGUCCA